AUGUGCCAGGUGUGGUGGCACGAAAAGUGUACUGAUAAUUUGGGUUUUUGGGCAUUGAAUGUAAUUUAUGCAAGUAAUUCGCCUAAACAAACACUGCGCAAUCUUAUCGCCACUUAUGCGCAAUAUUACACACCGGGGUAUGAUGGAGAUACCAAAGAUAUUCUCGUGGUUUUAGAAAAUGGUGAUAUAUCAGAAGACGAAGAUGACAAAUGUGACGAAAGUAAUAUCGAUUAUUAUCCAAAUGUACAAGAUCUGAAUAGGUUGGAUGAUGACUGUCCUGAUACUGAAGAGAUCGACGAAGACCCACCGAAGGAAGAGUACGUUUCCGCUGAGGAUUCGUCUGUGGUAUCUACUCCAUGGCCAUGA